AUGAGUUGUAAAGUUGCUGAUGUUUCCCUCGCUAGUUGGGGUCGUAAAGAAAUUUAUAUAGCAGAAAAUGAAAUGCCUGGACUUAUGCAUUUACGUAAAAAAUAUGGACCUUCUAAACCUUUAAAGGGUGCACGUAUAGCAGGGUGUCUUCAUAUGACGAUUCAAACUGCGGUUUUAAUUGAAACACUUACUGAACUUGGAGCUGAAGUAGCUUGGAGUUCUUGCAACAUUUUUUCCACACAAGAUCAAGCUGCCGCCGCCAUUGCAGUCACUGGCGUGCCUGUUUAUGCAUGGAAAGGUGAAACUGAAGAAGAAUAUAUUUGGUGUAUUGAACAAACUCUUUGUAGUUUCAAGGAUGGUAAACCUCUUAAUAUGAUUCUUGAUGAUGGUGGUGAUUUAACCAAUUUGGUUCAUACUAAAUUUCCACAAUACUUGAAAGAAACAACAACUGGUGUUCAUAAUCUUUACAAAAUGCUUAAAGAUGGACAAUUGAAAGUUCCAGCAAUUAAUGUCAAUGAUUCAGUUACAAAAUCCAAAUUUGAUAACCUUUAUGGUUGUCGUGAAUCACUCGUUGAUGGUAUUAAAAGAGCAACAGAUGUACAAAUUGCUGGUAAAGUAGCAGUUGUAGCAGGUUAUGGUGAUGUUGGCAAAGGUUGUUCAGCAUCACUUAGAGGAAUGGGAGCUCGUGUGAUCAUUACAGAAAUUGAUCCUAUUAAUGCUUUACAAGCAGUUAUGGAAGCUUGCUCAAAAGGUAAUCUUUUUGUAACGACAACUGGUAAUCGUGAUAUUAUUGUUGGUAGACAUUUUGAACAAAUGAAAGAGGAUGCUAUUGUAAGUAAUAUUGGACAUUUUGAUAUAGAAAUUGAUGUGGAUUGGCUUAAAAAAAAUUCAAAAGAACAUGUAAACAUUAAACCACAAGUUGACCGAUAUACUUUAGCAAAUGGCAGACAUAUAAUUUUGCUUGCAGAAGGAAGAUUGGUAAACCUUGGAUGUGCUACAGGACAUCCAAGUUUUGUUAUGAGUAGCUCGUUUUCAAAUCAAGUAUUGGCACAAAUUGCCUUAUGGACAGAUAAUGCAUCUUAUCCACUUGGUGUUCAUAUGUUACCUAAAAAAUUGGAUGAAGAAGUUGCACUAGCUCAUCUUGAACCAUUGGGUGUUAAACUUACAAAACUUACACAAGAGCAAUCGGAAUAUCUUGGUAUAAAUCCUAAUGGGCCAUUUAAACCUGAACAUUAUCGGUAA